CUCCUCAAGAGAUAGAGAGAGAUGAUUCCGCUAUUGAAACAUGUGAAUCUCACACUACCUGAAAAAUGCCAGGUUGAUUUGCUAGCAGAGUCUGCACUGGAGUGGGCGCUGCCCCCAUUUCAGAACGGAACAGUGCAGGAGCCACUACAGGACACUGUGGAAUCUCAUUUGAACAAAAUGAUGGCGCUUAUAACUCUUUUGAAAGACUUCAUUAUUGACCAGAAUAUUCUACUAUGCUAUGGAAACUGGGUGCUAGAAGUCUCUGAGAAUUUGGUGUCUACGCUGGUGAGGAAAACAGAUCCCAUCAAAUCCAUCAACAUUUCUCUACAAACUUUAGAGGUUCAGGUAAUUACUGUUGGACAAAACACCUCUGUGAAUAAAGUCCAUUCUCUCAUCACAAGCAGUGCAUCCAUGGAUAUCGAGUUGACUGGGAUCUCAAAGAACAGCAAUGUUACUGUGGCCUUUGUGAGUUACACCAACAUGUCAGACAUCCUGACACCUUCUACAUUUAUAAGCGAAACCAUGAUGUCUGCUGUGGUAUCAGUAACACUUCUCCAAACCACCAACCCACACCUCACCAAACCACUCAAUCUCACGUUCACACACAUCAGAGAGUUAGACCCUGCAGGCAUUCUCUACUGUGGGUACUGGACAGAAACAGACUGGGCUGAAGCUGGUUGUAACAUCACAGACAAAAACUCCACUCACACUGUGUGCUCUUGUGAUCGUCUGGGUACUUUUACUAUCAUGCAAGUUUUAAGUGACCAGGAUACGGUAAGCUCUAUCCUCAAGAUAUUGUAUAAGAAGCAGCUGUUCAAAAAGAGGUAGUGGUUAGUUUCAUGUGUUUCUGAGGAAGCACAGAAGAUAGCUUUCUCCAAAACCUCCCACAUUAGUAGCAGCUGUUAGAAAUUGGUGGACAAUCUUUCCCAGUUAAAGUGCAUUAAAAGGUUUGGAUUUUUUUGUGUGAUUUUUCUGAAUUUCAAGCACUAGAUAUGGUUUCAAACUACAUCUUCUGGAACCUGGUUUCUGGUUCUUCACACUUGUUAGGUGACAGUGGGCUUGUCUGAUAUUUAUUUGUCUUUGCACUUGAUUUACCACCUCAAAAAAAAAAAAAAUCAGUAAAGGUACUGCAUGUGUCCCAUGGAUACUGAAUGAUCUGUAUGAGCAUAUUGUGAAGACAAGUCCUCUAAUAAGCACAAGAGGUUUAAUAAUAGAGAUGUAUCAU